AUGUAUGCAAUUCUCCUGCUGCUAUCCAUACUUUGGUUAAACGAUUCUGCCGUGGCCAAAGUAUGCACAAACAUUACCGUUCCAGUCUCAAUCUCAGCCCGCAAUGCGGUCUUCAACCUCUCUCCACUGCAGUCAAACCUUGAUGCUGCCACCUUUACCAGAAAUUAUACCAGUAUCAAGGCAAACUUUACGGAGACUACCCUCACUGGCUACGAUACAAUCCAUGGUGAUUUCAACAUCAGCGCCAAAUUCUGUCGGCCCGGUGUAACUGGCAGCACCUUCAACUCCAAGAAUGGAACUGUUCAGCUUCUCACCCACGGAAUUGGCUUUGACAAAACCUACUGGGACCUUUCAUACAACAACUACAACUACAGCUAUACUGAUGUAGCAGUUGACCAGUACGGCUUCUCUACUCUCAGCCAUGACCGUCUCGGCGUCGGUAAUUCCUCGCAUCCAGAGGACGCUCUCAACAUUGUGCAGGCCUCGGCUGAGGUUGAAAUACUGCUUGAGCUCACCAAGAUGUUGCGAGAAGGAACGCUCCCCGGCAUCAACUCCGCUUUCUCCAAAGUUGUUCACAUUGGUCACUCUUUCGGCUCUGUCCAAUCCUAUACCUUGGCCUCCAAGUACCCUGAUAUGACAAACGGAUUGAUUUUACAAGGUUUUUCCAACAAUGGCUCUUGGUUCCCCGCCACCUUUGCCGCAUGGAACUCUAAGCUUGCCCGAUUCAACGAGCCGCUUCGAUUCGGAAACAUUAGCGCUCCAGAGGUGCAAAAGCUGGCUAGCAAGCGGAAGACGGUCCAAUUCGUGAAUCACACAGAGAAAACUCUGGAUGUCAGCCCCUACGAAAUUGAGGAGAUUAUCGAGGGCACCAGCACCGCCAACCUUCUCGCUGGGAUUGAUUCUCGGCCUGCUAUGGUGCCGCAGGAUCUUCCUACAGGAUACAUGACUUGGGCGGACGCGAGUGCAAACCAGUACUCAUUCCUUUACCCGGGGUAUUUUGAUCCUGGGCUUUUGCCUUUUGCUGAGGCGCACAAAUUUCCCUACACGACGGGAGAGAUUCUUACGAUUCUCGGUGGUCCAGCCACGGCGCCUGAGUUUACUGGACCAGUUCAAAUCAUGACUGGAGGCAAGUCUUUAUUUUUCUUUCUCCCUCUCCUUCUUUGUCUUCAAACAGCCACAUACAAUCUUCGUUCCGAACCUCUCAAACACGCGUUUCUUGUUCCUUUUUUCUUCCCCGGUGCUGAGCAAGACAACAUCUUCUGCGGCGGCGACUGCUUUGCUACAGGCCAGCCGGAUGUCUCGUCCAUUCCCGCCACAGCGGACAGCGCAUUCCCCAAAGCCAGCGCAUUCGAGGCCUACAUCCAGCCUAACACUGGCCAUGCGGUUAAUGUGCAUUACAACUCGACUGCCGCUUUCCGCGUCAUGCAAGACUUUUUAGUCAAGCAUGGCCUCGGAGGCGCAUAA